UUAGCGGCUGAGGCAGCUGAGCUGUUGCCUGGGCUUGUUCAACCUCCCGCGCAUCCCACCUGCGGCUCUCAAGCCGAACCCGGCUACGUUCUCCGCCUCCUCGCCGUGGCGGCCCCGCGUGGCCCUCCAUGUCUCGCGGGCGGGAGCGGGUGGUAGCUUUGGCGGACAUGGACUGCUUCUACAUGCAGGUGGAGCAGCGCCUGGAGCCCAGCCUGCGAGGGAAGCCGUGCGCCGUGGUGCAGUACAAGACGUGGAAAGGCGGCGGAAUCAUUGCAGUGAGCUACGAAGCUCGUGCUUUUGGAGUUACCAGAAACAUGUUUGCUGCUGAUGCAAAGAAACUAUGUCCGGAUCUCCUGCUAGCACGAGUACCAGAAGCCCAUGGUAAAGCGGAUCUCACCAAGUACCGAGAAGCCAGCGUGGAGGUGAUGGAAGUGAUGUCACGCUUUGCUGUGAUUGAACGUGCCAGCAUUGAUGAAGCCUACAUGGAUUUAACUAGCGCUGUGCAGGAAAGACUUCAGAAGAUGAAAGGGCAGGCUAUUGUAGCAGAGCUGUUGGCAACUACCUACGUCCAAGGAUGGCCAGACAGCCUCGCAGCAGAAGAGAAUACAGGCAACAAAGAAGAACUGCGGGAACGUGGUUUGCGACAGUGGCUUGAAUCAUUGCCUUUCGGAGAUCCCAGCAGUCCAGAGCUGCAGCUGACUGUGGGAGCUGUCAUUAUGGAAGAAAUGAGGGCAGCUGUGGAAUCUGUCACUGGAUUUAGGUGUUCCGCUGGCAUUUCUCACAACAAGGUAUUAGCAAAGCUGGCCUGUGGCCUCAACAAGCCUAAUCGUCAGACUUUGGUGUCACAGGGUUCCGUCCCUCAGCUCUUUAGCAAGAUGCCAAUCAGCAACAUCCGCAAUCUUGGAGGGAAGCUUGGGGCCUCUAUCACUGAACUUCUGGGAGUGGAGUAUGUAGGAGAGCUGAUCCAGUUCAGUGAAUCACAUCUUCAAACCCACUUUGGAGAGAAGACUGGCUCCUGGUUGUAUGACUUGUGCAGAGGGAUGGAGCAUGAGCCUGUGAAACCUAGACAAUUGCCCAAAUCCAUUGGCUGUAGUAAGAAUUUCCGUGGAAAAACAGCUUUGGUUACUCAGAAGCAGGUGCAGCAUUGGCUUCUGCAGCUGGCCUUGGAGCUGGAGGAGAGACUGAACAAGGACAGAGAUCAAAACAACCGGGUCGCUAAACAGCUGACUAUUGGGAUCCGUAUGCAGGGCUGUAAACAUGCCAAUGGCUUAUCCCGCUGCUGUGCCUUAGCAAAUUAUGAUGCCCAUAAAAUCAGCAGAGAUGCUUUUGUGCUAAUCCAGAACUGCAAUACUGCAGGAGGCCAGCAGGCUGCAUGGUCUCCCCCAAUUACACUUCUUCAGCUUUCUGCAAGCAAGUUUUCAGAAGCUCGUGCUUCCUCUGUGAACAUUACUUCCUUCCUGACGACUGACAGCCAAGGUACCCAAGCCACUUGCAGCAGCCCAAAUGGCAAGUCUAUUGAAAGCCCCAAAAAGGAGACCCUCAGGAAGACAACCAAUUCUAUUCAGAUGCUUUUUCAGAGGGCAGUGGAAAAGAAACAGGCCCAGACUAUGGCCAGGAACUCUCUUCCUGGUGUCAGCAGUGAAAGCACCUUACCAUCAAUACCAGAGUCCAGUAUCUGUCAGGAUAAACGACUCACCCCCAUUAACAGUCAGAUUCCAAAAGCUCCUGCGGAACAAAGUAUCACCAGGAGCAACCCAGACUGCAUGCAGAAACAGCUCUCGGUAGAACAGUCUUUGGCCAGCUCCGAAGCAGGGCUCCUGGAGAUCCCUUUAGAAACAGAAUUGCCUGAGGUCUCUUCAGAGCUCCCUGAUCUGUGCAAGGAAAAGGAAGUGCAUCCUGCUACUGGAAUUUCCCAGGUAGGGGCUGAUAGUUGGGCUCUUCAUCCUUGUACUGGUGACACGAUGCUGUGCGAGAAAUGUAAUCAACAGGUGUUGGUAUGGGAGUUCACAGAACACUCUGACUACCACUUUGCUGUGGAGCUGCAGAAUUCUCUCUCAGGAACUGACUCCUUCAGGCCAUCUUUGCCUCCCACCAGCCCUCCAGCUAAGGGCAAAAGUAAACAGAAGACACCCACAGCCUCCAAGGCCAAAAGGCCAAGGCAAAGCACAGAUAGGACUUUGGAUUUCUUUUUUAAGAGGCCACCUCCUUAGGAUGAAGCUCAUCUGAGCAGCUUAUCUUGGAAAAAAGAAGGUGCAACUUAUUUGCCUUUAUCUAAUAUCCAUAAGUACAUAGGAUAAUAAAUUGUUCCAAACAGGUGCUUGAAAAGCUACAGGACUCCCCAUUGUUGUUACAAGAACCUGCACUUGGUAGUCAAGGUUAUUUUGCCUUCUGUAGCGCAUUCUUGCUCUGUAGCUUCAGAUGGUGACAGAUGUCGCAUCAAGAUGCCAUAUCAACGAUACUACCAAUUUAUGGUAGUCACUGGGGCCAUCUCUAGUCAGACUGUCCCUUCCCCAGGGCCAUCUUUACAUUGUAUGUCAUUCAUUUGUUUUAGUAUUUUAAACUUGUAAAGGUAUUGGAUGCAAUACAUGCUUCUGAAGAUCUAGAGAGGUGUUGCCCGAGGGCUUUCCUAGGCCUGCUCUAGGCAACUAAAUGUCAAGGGAUGAACUUGGGCACUUCUGCAUCCUGCUCAUGUGUUCUCUCAUUUUGCUGCUUAGAUCAGAGUUGUAGGUUGUGACUGGUUUUUACUAUGGUGGGGAUUGCCCUUCCAUAGGCACUUUGAGGAAGACAGCCGUUAGAGUUGAAUAGAUACUGGAAUAUGCAUUGCGCAAGUCCACAUGUGCCCACUUGACCACUUUGAUCAGCGGAAUUGGCGCUAUCUAGGCGCCAUGUGAUAACUGUUCUGCAUUUUUAAGAAUUCGAUUUUUUAGUGUGGCAGCACCUGCACUUUGGAACCCCCCGCCUACUGAGAUUAAGAAAGCGCCUUCAUGGUACUCUUUUCAGCACCUGCUAAAAACAUUCUUGUUUA